AUGAAGGCUCUCAUUCUUGUCGGCGGCUUUGGCACCCGCCUCCGUCCUCUCACCCUCACUCUGCCCAAGCCUCUGGUUGAGUUUGCCAACAAGCCCAUCAUUGAGCACCAGAUCGCUGCCCUCGCCGAGGUGGGCGUCACCGAUAUCGUCCUUGCCGUCAACUAUAGGCCCGAGAUCAUGGAGACUCGUCUCAAGGAGUUCUCCAAGCAGUACAACGUCAACAUUGUCAUCUCUGUCGAGAGCGAACCCCUGGGCACUGCCGGUCCCUUGAAGCUGGCGGAAGAGAUUCUUGCCAAGGACGACUCUCCCUUCUUCGUGCUCAACGCUGAUGUCACAUGCGAGUACCCCUUCAAGGCACUGGCCGAGUUCCACCAGGCCCACGGUGAUGAGGGAACCAUUGUCGUGACCAAGGUCGAGGAGCCUUCCAAGUACGGUGUCAUUGUGCACAAGCCCAACCACCCCUCGCGAAUUGACCGCUUCGUUGAGAAGCCCGUCGAGUUUGUUGGUAACCGAAUCAACGCCGGUCUGUACAUCCUCAACACCUCCAUCCUGAACCGCAUUGAGAAGAACCGCCCAACCUCGAUCGAGCAGGAGACCUUCCCUGCUGUCGUCAAGGACGGCCAGUUGCACUCCUUUGACCUGGACGGUUUCUGGAUGGACAUGGGUCAGCCCAAGGACUACCUUACCGGUACUUGCCUGUACCUGUCCUCUCUUGCCAAGAAGUCGCCCGAGCUCUUGACACCCAACUCGGAGCCCUAUGUCUACGGUGGCAACGUUCUUGUUGACCCCAGUGCAAAGAUUGGCAAGAACUGCCGCAUCGGUCCCAACGUGGUCAUUGGCAAGGACGUUGUCAUUGGCGAUGGUGUCCGUCUGCAGCGAUGCACUCUGCUGCCAGGAUCCAAGGUCAAGGACCAUGCCUGGGUCAAGAGCACCAUUGUCGGCUGGAACAGCAGCGUCGGCAAGUGGGCCCGUCUCGAGAACGUCACCGUACUGGGUGACGAUGUCACCAUUGGCGAUGAGAUCUACGUCAACGGCGGCAGCGUCUUGCCCCACAAGAGCAUCAAGGCCAACGUUGAUGUUCCCGCCAUCAUCAUGUAG